AUGUCCGACAUAAUCAUCAAAGACUUACCGGCUCUUCUAAGUUCCAAAUUAGGAACGAAGAAAAUAAAAGAUACCAAAUUGUCGAACUUAACAGCGAAGGGUGAAAAUUUUGGAAGUGAAAUGAUCAAACUAGAUGUUACAACAGUCGAUGAAAACGGCAAAGAAGAGACUUUACAUGGUGUUGCUAAAACUUUACCAAAACAUGAGAUGAUGAGGCAAGUAUUCAAAGUCCAGAUUACAUAUACAAAUGAAAUGGCCUUUUACGAUUUAAUAAUUCCAACAUUACAAGAUUUUCAAAGAGAACUAGGAGUUAAGAAGGUAAUUGACUGGUUUCCCGAAUGCUAUGCCACUAGGAAGAACUUAAACGGAUCUGAUAUUAUUGAUGACAAUGCCGUUAUUGUUUUGGAAAAUUUACAAAUAUCAGGUUUCCAAAAUAUCGACCGAUAUAUAGGAUUUGAUUUAGAAACAACAAAACUGGUGUUACGAGAUCUAGCUAGUUUCCACGCCGUACCUCUAGCACUCAGAUUGAAAAAACCAGAAGUAUUUGAGAAAGUGAUUAAGCCGUACUGCGUACCUUUUGAGCCUAUGGACGGAACUAGUUUCUUGCCCGUUUUACAAGGAAUCAUCGAAGAAAAUAAAGAAAUAGCCCAUCUGGCUUCAAAGAUAACCGGAUGGAAGAGAGCAGACUUGCCAGUUAGCGAUUUGUUUGCCACCAUUAUGCACACAGAUAUGUGGACAAAUAAUACUAUGCAAAAAUUUGAGAAUGGUAGGGCAGUUAACAACAAAUUAGUUGACUUUCAAGCUUAUUCCUACGGAUCACCAGCAACCGACGUAUUUUUCUUCUUGUGGUCUUCAUUGCCUCAGGAACUCUUAGAAACAAACUUAGAUUUACUCCUAAGCUAUUAUUACGAACAAUUUGUGAAUGUACUUAAAGAACAUAAAGUUGACAUCAGUCCAUACACAUAUGAAAAAUUUCUCCAAGAGAUAGAUAAAGUGGGAGAUAGCGAAUUUCAGCAUGCAUAUUUUUUCCACAAUUUUGUUGUCUAUGGUAAAAAAAAUGCAGAAAUGGGGCAUCCUCCUCCAAAGAUUGUAGUAUCACACGUACUUAAAAUGAUUCCACUUAAGGCCAAACAAAAAUCGUAUUAUAUGAUUCAAGAAUGUGUCAAAAGAGGAUGGCUGAAAUAA